AUGGCGGUGGAUGGCGAAGGUGGGAGUGGCAGUGACGAUGGUGGUAGAGGCAAUGGAUGUGGCGGUGGUAAUGGUGGCAGUGAUGGUGGCGGUGGUGGUGACAGUGGAGGUGAUGGUAAGAGUGGUAUUGGUUGUGGUGGUGGAGGUGGUGGUGGAGGUUGUGGGGGUGGUGAUGAUUAG